UUACAAGUCUCUUUCUCUCCUCUCUGGUGCAGUCUAAAGGGCCUGCUAGAGUAUUCUCGCGGCAAUCUUUGCCUCAUCGUGAUAAACGGCCUAAAUCGGCCUAUUUCCUCGUUACACCUUUCAAAGCUUAAAGCUUUCAAUUUUAUUCGAUUAUUCAGCCGUAACCCACGUCGUAAUUCAGGAAGGAUAAAGGAGCUUUAAGUCUGUAAUUGGUCUAAUGGGUGACAAAGUGCAUAUGAUUCGUUCUAAAGAAAUAUCGGAAUCCAAGGCUAUUAGUAACAAACUGUCAAAGAAUUGUUUAGUUGCUUCAAAGUUGAAUGGGAUAACACAUAAAACAAAGCGAGUUGCUUUGAAGGGACAAGAUAUGCUUAGGUUCAUUGCUGAUGGUGAUAUUGGAUUCUUUGUACUCAAAACUGUGUCUCUGGAGAUUCUUAGAAGAUUUUCACUUGAGAAAUUUCCGUUUGUUUGGCAUGGUCUUCAAGCAACACAAGUUCUUUGUUGUCUACCGUUAAACUGGAUCCAAAAAUGGAGGCCUUUUGAAUCGUUGGUUGGAUUCAUGAAGACUCUAUCAAGGCCUCUACUGGUCCUCUCUAUUGCAACAUUAUUCUCCAAGUCAGAUUCUAAAAACCAAAUACGGGGGAAUUCUGGGGAUGCUCAGUUGAGCUCUGAAACAGCUUUGGAGCCAUCUUCCCCAGUGACAAAUGAAGACAUAAGGUCUGGAGCUGAUAUUCCCUUAAUUGUUACUCCACCGUGGUUUCAAGAACUUCAAAACGAGUUGGAGAAACAGGGCAUUUCCUUACCACAUAGGUUGAAUGAAGAUGAAAUAUCUAGAUUUCAUACUUCUGUAAAUGGCGACUUCCCAAGGUUAGUAGCAUCUAUCAAGAAGACAAUUCGGUGGAGACAGAACUUCACUUUUCUUUCAACGGAGGAGCUUGAGUCUUGGUCACAUUUGGCCUUCUGGCAUGGGUGUGAUGUGCAGAGAAGACCUUCUCUUAUCGUUCGACUUGGACUUGCUUGCUCCAAAUUGAGAUUUAGUGACAUGGAUAACUUUGCCAAGGCAGUUGUUUCCCAGAUAGAAUACGGGGUUUGUCAUUUGGUCGAUGCAGAAAAUCCUCAAGUAACUGUUUUGAUGGAUUGCGAGGGAUUAUCUCCAUUUGGGUUCCCCAUGCAGAUGAUGAGAUCUUUAUCUAUCCUUUUGCAAGACCACUACCCAAACCGUCUUGGCUAUCUAAUUGUCUCAAGGCUUCCUCCAGUUGCACGCGUCAUCACACAAACCUUAUUUCGGGUUCUUCGUCCUAAUACACAACAAAAACUAAGGAUCAUUGGAGAGAACUACCAAGAGGUUCUCUCGGAAUACCUUCAGACUCUACCCUCUUUUCUGGGAGGGACAUGUUCAUGUAUAAGGUGUUCGGAUUCAACAGAUACGGAUGAUUCAAGUGUAGACACCAUACAGGAGGGUAGAACGGUUCAGAUUAUGAGUAAGGAAGAUGUCAGUUCUCAACCGAUGCGUAUGGGCAUUGGUGGACUGAAAACCCUCAGUGCUGAACAAAUGUUGACAUUUUCCAUCAUCGUCAUCUUUAUGGUUUGGAUGUUUGUCAGUUUUCUAUUGGCUAGGCAGCACUCGGAUGCCUUUUUCCCCUUCAUGUUUGGAUGAUGUGAUAGUUCUUGAACAAUUGAAUAUGGACUACUCAGAUGUGAAGUUUUUAUUGUUGAGUGUUUCUAGUUAGUUUGUGUGCAUUUACUUUUGUUGUAACUUGUUAGUGUUCUGUUCUCUAAUUAAUUAAAGAAGGUUAGUAAUUUUAUA